AUCACGUGGGUCAAUUUGCAUAAUCAAGAUGGCCGAACGAAGGAAGAGGAAAGAAGCCGUGGCGCAACACCGAGAGAAAAACAACAAUUUUAUUUCGUCUACAAGGUUUACAACGAUGAAACGGCUACUUUCCGUCCUUUUUGUGCUGCUGAUUCAUGUGUCACACUCACAGGGGAAAUAUAUAUCGGGACAUUUAGUAACAGCGGAGCAAUGGGCUUUUCUGGGAAGAUUCUGUUUUCUGUCGGAGCUGGGGAGGUUGAAGUUCCAGUUCACCUACAGUCCACAGGAGGUGUGUGGUAACACUGUCGGCUGUCAGAACAUUCUCUUGUAUUAUGAUGAGGACGACCAGUGGCCAGCUGUGUACCCACAUCCAGAAAAGAAUUGCUCUUCGAAAGAGGCAGUGCUUAAUGUUAAUAACAACCAGGUGCUAAACCUAACCACGCAGUACGUGUGGUCUGGCUGCGAGCCAGUGGUCUCCGACGAUGACUCGAACACAAUGACGUGUGGAGGAGGUCGCUCCUUUCAGUCGGUUAGGGAACGAUGGUGGUAUAUUGCAGUGUCCAACUGUGAGGGCUUCCAUGGCCUCAACAUCCAGUAUGAGAUGACACUGACAAAUGGCAACAGCUACUGGACCCAACAUUUCUCUGCCGAUGAGUUUCAUAUCCUAGAGACAGACAUCACAUUCCUGGUUCUGUUUGCUGGUAUCCUGGCCUUGUCAAUCUGGGUAGCAACCAUUCUCAAGUCCAGACAACUAUUCCACACGUCCUACAAAAUGUACAUGUCUGCCGUGGGAUUUCAUGUUUUCAGUCUGUUUUUGCUGUGCCUGCACUAUGGGCAGUAUGGGAAUGAUGGUGUGGGACUGCCUGCAGCACAGCUCCUAGGUCGGAUAUUCCAGUCUGUGAGCUCACUUGUGUUCCUCCUGAUGCUGAUCCUACUGGGGAAGGGUUACACUGUCACCAGAGGUCGGUUGAGCCACAGUGGUUCUGUGAAGAUCUCAGUGUUCAUGACGCUCUACACACUUGCCUACGCCAUUCUUUUUAUCUACGAGAGGGAGUUCUUCGAUGCUGGCCUGGUGCUGUACUUGUACGAGAGUCCUGCAGGGUAUGGGCUGAUUGGUCUACAGCUGCUGAGCUGGCUCUGGUUCUGUUACGCCAUCUUCUUCACUCUCAAACACUACCCAGAAAAGUCGCUCUUCUACGUCCCGUAUUUCUUCUUCUACACACUGUGGUUCCUGGCUGGUCCAAUCAUGGUUCUCAUCGCAGCAUUUGUGAUCUCUAAGUGGGCGAGGGAAAAGAUUGUCAAUGGCCUGGAACAGUCGCUAGCUUUCUGUGCAUAUACCUUCUUUCUGAUCCUGACCAGACCUGGGGCAGCAAACAAGAACUUUCCCUUCCACGUCCGGACGUCACAGAUUGGAAUCGUUGAUGACUAUGAGCAGGGCCCACAGCAAAACGGAACGGCAAAUGGUGGCACCGGCGUCAACCUGGACCAUUUCCCACACCAGAGCAUGUACAGCACCAGCACUGACAGCAGCUUCAUCGGGGGAGGGGGGCCCAACUUCACCGAACUCUUCACUGUGGCCACCCCUACUAGUAGCCAGCCCCGUCCCGCAGACAACCCCCCACCCUACCCUGGAGGCUCGAUGGACCCGGCACGCAGAAUUCCAGACUUCACAGUAAAAUCAGGGAUCUCGUAGUGACCCUGGGUGUGCUUGGGCAUCACUGAUGUCAUGUAUACAGUGUGCUGAUUUGUAUGUCCAGUGUAGCAAAUGACAAACUGUAGUUUUUAUAUUUAUAUUUUAGCUACAGCAUGGUGUAACAAACAGAGCUGGAUGUAACAAUUUUUAUGUGUGAGUGUGAUACAUGUACCUUAGAACAUCCUUGAUAUUGUUGUUACCCAUUUGUACAUCUAUUGUAAAAUACAAACGUCUUUCGGUAGACAUGUGAGAAGGAAACUCUCUGCUGAGUGAGUGUUUUUUUUGUACAUACAGAUAAGUUUGCAUUGUCAGUUUUGGUCUACAAAUUUAUCAAUUUUACAUGUACAGUAUUCUCUGAGUUGUUGUUUUUUUGUAGUAUGUUAAAAAUGAAUUUGUAUGGAGAUGAUAAAAUUUCAUGGCUAUGAAACAUUCCACAUUGUCUUGUAGAAUGUCUCUACAAAGAUACAAAGAUGUUUUCAUGUGGUGAGACAAAACAUUGUACAGUUUAGAGUACAUUUUACAGUACUGAGGGUCUUACCCAAGUGGAUAUGCUGCACUUUGUUCCUGAUGGUAGCAUGUGUUGUGUAUAAAGGUACAAUGUUGUCAAAUUCUAUUUUUGUAUUAGUACAGAAUAGCAUAUUAUGUGAUUCCCUUGUGAUUGUACAUAAGCUCUUUGACUGGCUGGUGUGAGCUUGUGUCCCCUGACUGUUUAAGAAUGAAGUAACUACAUUUCCUGAUUACCAUAUGCAUGUAUGUUCUAUGAUUUAUCUCAGUCAAAUAUACAAUCUCUCAUUGGUCUAAGGAUUAAAAAAAAACAGGUUUGCUUGCAUGUGUUAAAUUUGGUCUCCCAGUCCCUACUUUUGACUUUUGAUACAGUAUUCAGUAUAUCUGUUUCUGUUGAUAAGCACUAAGUAAAUAUUUUGUUGUAUGACAGUGAUACCUCAAAAUGGAUAAUGUAACAAUAGACAGGUUUUGAUGUGGCUGGAUCUAGUUUAAAGAAUGUUUAAGUUGUUGGUUUCUUGAACACUUUUAACAUGCUCUUGAUACCUUAUGAGGUAGUCAACAGCAGUAACCAUGGAACAAUGCUGUGGGUGGAAGUUUGUUACACAAAUGAAUCAUGAAUUUUAGCUGCAUUUGCAGUUGAAUUUACUGUGACAUCCACAUGACUGUUAUUUAUUCUGUGAUGGUUUCUAUACCAGAUGGUCGGAGUCUGAGAAGACCAUGGAAAGGACACCCAGAAUCUUUGCAAAAUGUUGAAUGAUGUGGUUUUUACUCUUGCAGAUCUUAACUGCAUUUUAAUUGUAAAUCCUUAAAACAGAUAUGUAAAAUUUGGUAUGUAUGUGUAACAGUGGUUGCUGUGUAUGGUUGAGCUACUUUUCAAGCUUGACUAUAGCAAGUGCUGAUGAAAAGUCAAAAUACUGUUACAGUAUCAAACAAGCAAAGGUAGAAACAAACUUUGUACAUACAGGACGUUAACUGGUUAUUGAGUGUAGUCCGACAUUUGAUAAGAAUCUUAACCAUCACUUUGCUUUGAUUUGAUUUGUAUAUUGGUGAAUGAACUAAUCAUAUAAUGUUAUGUAUCAAAUCUUAUUCACUAAUGUAUAUUAUACGACUACACAUCGUCUAAUGAGAAAGAGAAUUGUAAUGGUAUUUGGAACUAAAUUUUGCUGUGAAAUAUUGUGUGUCAAUUUAUGACCUUUUUGUUGUCAAAUACAAACUUUCAAGACUUUAA